AUGGCGCCAGAGCUACCUAGCCCCAACCGUCGCCACCUUCGUAAUACGUUGAGCGAAGAUCUGGCCAAACUGCAUCUCGGUAAUAUUCCAAAAGUCGUUGUUGGCGACGAAUCCAAUCCCGCACUCGACGCUAUCCAUGGUAAUCGGGGGCUCGAUAGCGUUCCCAAAGAACGUCCAACUGCACCGAGCGAACAAACGAGUGUAGGAAACCGGAACCCACCAAUCGGCUCGACAGACCAAGCCCAGAUUGUCAGCAGCUCAUACACUGGGGUACCACUGGACGAGCUUCUCCGAAGUCAUUUUCAGCCACAUCCUCACCCAGAAGUGACAGAAGGUUAUCUCCCGGCUGGAUACUUGAACGAAUUGGUCCGUCUCGAUGUCGUAAAGCAAGAACUUGAAGAUGCUUUCGGCGACGACAGUGAUAUAGACUGGAUCGCACACAAGAGCAAGUCCUAUCGACAGGUGUUUGCGAUCCUUUGUCUGAUCGAGAGAGUAAGCUCUAUCGAGAAGUUUUUAGAUCCUACCGCGGGAGUCUGUGACUCAGACUUGCCUCUUCAAAAAGUCGAGUUGGGACAAAAAAACAAGGUUGACCUACGGAAACGGGAAGAUGUAGACAAGCCCCUGGGGUGUUUCCGAGGGUGGAAGCAUAACUCACUGAAGUCGUUCGAUGACUGGCAAUGGACACUAAGGGUUCCCUUUCUCAAAGGCAUUCGCGGAAGCGAGGCUCAGUAUCGCAAGUUCGAUGAUCGAGUCAUCCUUCCUCUGACGUACGAAUCCGAUCCCAAUGGGGAUGGGGCAAGUGGAGGGUUCAGUGAAGUCUUCAAGGUCAAGUUACAUCCCCGACAUCAUAACUUCAGUCCAAACGGCGCAGACUGCUACUUUGCUCUGAAGAGGCUGCGAUCAACGGAUACAAUUGCCUUCCAGCGAGAACUCCAGAUGUUGCGGAAAUUUGAGAGCGAAAAUGCGCACGAGCAUCUGAUUUCCCUGCUCACAACCUGGAGCCAAAAGGGAUUCUUUUACUUCCUCUUUCCGUGGGCUGAGUGCGAUUUAGUCAAGUACUGGGAGAUCCACAAAAAGCCAGAAAUGAAUAUAGAUCUCGUGCGGUGGGUUGCAAGGCAGACAGCAGGCAUGGCCGCCGGUCUUGCAAGAAUCCAUGAAUACCCAGGAAAGGUCGAUGGCAACAUGGAAAACGCUGUAAAGUACGGACGCCAUGGAGAUAUCAAGCCGGAGAAUAUUCUGUGGUUUCGAUGCUCGGAAGAGGAUCUAGGAAGGCUCGUGAUAUCGGACUUCGGACUUGGUGUUUUCAACAGCAAGAGAAGCCGGUCUAAUAUUCCCAACGACUCUGGCAUAGGUCGAACUCCUACAUACCGCCCACCAGAGUGCGAUAUCGAGGGUGCUAUGAUCUCCCGAUCAUGGGACAUAUGGACUCUUGGAUGUGUUUACGUCGAGUUUGUUACAUGGCUGUUGGGAGGGUGGGAACUUUCCGAACAUUUUGCUGAAUGGCGAAUGACGACAUCUUCAAUCUGGGGCCAGGACUUCAAGUCCGAUAUCUACUUUGACAUUGUAGAAGUUCGUGUCCCAAAAGACCAUGACACCUCAUCAAGAAGUAUGGGUGCUAUGGUGAAACCAGCGGUGACUCGGUGGUUUGAAGGACUUCACAAUCACCGAGACUGUUCUCAGUACACCCAUGAUAUUUUAAGAUUGGUUCAAGACAAGAUGUUGAUUGUCGAAUCCGCAGUGAGCAAAAGAGCGACAUGUAAGGAAGUAUAUGAGGAAUUGCGACGAAUUCAGAGACGAUGUGUGGAGAGUAAAGGCUAUUGCGUAAAGGCCGUUCCGUUGCCUCUACCAGCGGCUAUUGGAGAGACUCCUGCCGUCAAGAUCAGACUCAACGACAAUGCGCUGGAUACAAUCAAGAGAAAUCAUCCAAGGUUGCGCACUCAUCAGGGCCGCACAGAGGAACCGCCAAAAACUAGAGGUGGAUAUGGUGAUAACCUUCUGCCUCCCACAAAAGGAGCAUUGUAUUGA